GGACCCCCCCAAAUCUCAAGUCUCAAGUCGAAGAACACAGCAAGAAAAUGACGACGUCGGCCAAGAGGACGGCGCCAUGGCACAGGCUCUCGGAGGCGGAGGCCGCCUUGAACCGCGCCGUCGCGGCGAGCUGGGUGGGGAGGUAUUUCAAGCUGGACGCCCGCAAGAGCUCCUUCACCAAGGAGCUCCGCGCCGGCGCCGCCACGUUCCUCACCAUGGCCUACAUCAUCUCCGUCAACGCGGCGAUCCUCACCGACUCCGGCGGGCCGUGCACAGUGCGGGAUUGCACGCCGGUGGCGAACUCGACGGAAGCGCCCGGGCCGGAGUGCACGGCCGGGCCGAGCCCGAACCCCGGGUACGAGCAGUGCCUGGCGCGCACCAAGAGCGACCUGAUCGUGGCCACGGCGGUGGCCGCCAUGGCCGGCUCCUUCGCCAUGGGCGUGUUCGCCAACCUCCCGCUCGCCCUGGCCCCCGGCAUGGGCGCCAACGCCUACUUCGCCUACAACAUGGUCGGGUUCCACGGCUCGGGUUCCAUCCCCUACGGCACGGCGCUCGCCGUGGUGAUGCUGGAGGGCGUCGUCUUCCUCGCGCUGUCGGCCGUCGGCCUCCGGUCCAGGCUGGCGCGGCUGAUCCCGCGGAACAUCCGGCUCGCCUCGGCCGUCGGCAUCGGCCUGUUCCUGGCCUUCACCGGCCUCCAGGCGCACCAGGGCAUCGGGCUCGUCGGCGCCAGCCCGUCGACGCUGGUCACGCUCGCCGCUUGCUCCGAGGUCGACCCGGCCACCGGCGCGUGCCUCGGCGGCACCAUGCGCAGCCCGACGUUCUGGCUCGGCGCCGCCGGGUUCCUCGUCACGGCGACGUGCCUGGCCCGGAACGUGAAGGGGGCCAUGAUCUACGGCAUCGUGGUCGUCACGGCAGUGUCGUGGAUCCGCGGCACGAGCGUGACGGUGUUCCCGGACACGGCGGCCGGCGACGCCGCCUUCACCUACUUCAGGAAGGUGGUCGGCUUCCACAUGAUCAGCACCACCGCGGGGGAGAUCAGCUUCGCCGGCUUCCGCCACGGCAACGUCUGGGUGGCCCUGGUGACGCUCCUCUACGUGGACGUGCUGGACACGACGGGGACAAUGUACUCCAUGGCUGAGUACGGCGGGUUCGCCGACGAGGCCACCGGCGGGUUCGAGGGCGAGUACCGGGCGUUCCUGGUGGACGCCGGGUCGACGGUGCUCAGCGCGGGGCUCGGGAGCUCCACCGUGACCACCUACAUCGAGUCGGCGGCGGGGAUCCGGGAGGGCGGCCGGACGGGGCUGACCGCCGUCACCGUGGCCGCCGGCUUCCUGGCGUCGCUCUUCUUCGGGCCGCUGCUGACGAGCGUGCCGCCGUGGGCGGUGGGCCCGUCGCUGGUGCUGGUGGGCGCGAUGAUGAUGCGGGUGGCCGGGGAGAUCGAGUGGGGGGACAUGAAGGAGGGCGUGCCGGCGUUCGUGACCAUGGCGCUCAUGCCGCUGUCCUUCUCCAUCGCCUACGGCAUCAUCGCCGGGCUGGGCGUGUACGUCGCGCUGCACUGGUAUGACUGGGCGCGCCACGGGUUGGGCAAGGUGAGGGGCGUGCUGGACGAGCGGCGGAACCAGGUGGCCGCCGCCGCGGGCGAGGUCGUCGGCCCGGCGGCGGCGGCGGCGGAGCAGGACGACGUCGUCUGAGCUCCGUUUGUUGCAUUGAUGCGCGCAAGAUCGUAGAAGGUCGCAAGCUCUUUAAUUAGUAGGUUGAUUAGUUGUUUUAAUUAGUACGGUGGAUCACUUAAUUUGGGGGAGAGCUGAGCUGAGCUGAGCGUUGUCUUUAGUAUUAUGGUGGUUACUGGAUUAGGGAAAAGGAGUGGGAACGGGGCCUGCUGGGAGAUUCUUGAUGUGUGAGGAGGUGUUUGUACUUUGACCACCAUUGGAGGCAGCGUUCUCAUUGAUUCCCCUCCCAUCGCUCCCUUUGGCACGUUUCACGUUUCUUUUUCUGGCAUGUUCGUGGGAACAUGCAUGGGCGACUGGUGUGUAUUUUUGUGGGAGGGUCAGGUCAAUGCCAUCAUUGUGAGAGCGAGUGACUACGGUAGAAGCAACAGAACGAACUGCUUGCUGAAUGACCAGUGCCAGCAGCAGGGCGAGGCUCGCUGUCACGGGACCAUGCACCACCUACCAUGCUAUGCGAGGCUGGCCUGCUCCAGUGCUAUCCCUGUUCAGGAUACGGUGUGUUUAGAUCAUGUAAAAAUUUGAACGAAAUUUGCUGUAGAAAUUUUCAACUGAAGAUUAGAAGGACUAAACAUGAUUUAAUUA